CCCGCCCACAGCGAAUGCCACCAUGACGGAGAGGGACGAGGGGUCGAUAUUGGGUGGACAUAGUGCGAGGAGAAAGUUUGGUGGGCCGGAGAUGUAGAGGGUAGCGAGGAGGGCAUUCACCGCGGGGCUGCCUGGGAAUAGGAAGGCGAAGAUCUGUGAGGUGAAGCUGGAGGUAGUGGGGUUGGAAGCUACUUUGUGUUGAUUGAGAGCUUGGACAAGGGAGCAUUCCUAGUGUAAUAUGGAUUAUAUUAAUAUACAUUUCUAAGUACAGGAGGGCAGCGGUUGACGCUACAGGUACCAAAAGUGGCGGUAUAUACAGUGCACAAGAGUGCAGGGUAAAUGUACAUAGGCAUCCAAUCUCCCCCUUGAUGGCCGCCGCAGAGACGUUCCAAGUCCAUAUCGCCAGAAAGAGAGAGACGGACAACAGCGUCUUAUUGCGUCGAGACAGCAUGUUGAUCAUUCUCAUUCUUCAACGUCGAAUAUCUUCAGACUGUUAACCGAGGGUCUUGUGGUUGGUAGUGACGUCCACGGGUGUGAGCUCAGGGGCAGCGCACGUGACUGUUGGUUGGGGUCCAGUGCCGAUGAUGAUCCGGAUUAGAUAAGAUAAGACUGGCGUGCCAAGAGUUCGAGAAUUUUGGAGUGAAUUGAUUCCGCGACAACAAUUAUCGCCGCCUCCAACACCUGAAGAGAUAACUCUUACAAUUCACCUUUUUCGACUUCUGUAUAUUUCAAAAUGGGUCGCGAGCUUCAGAAAAAGAAGAACAAGUCUUCAAUCCCCAAACAUCGCCAGAAUGCGCCCUCUAAGAAGAAGAUUCUGCAGAAUCCUAUUAUAGCCAAGCACUGGAACCAGAAAGAAACCCUUUCCCAAAACUAUCGUCGUCUCGGUCUCACAUCCCGUCUCAAUCACGCAACUGGCGGUACCGAAAAAACCAUCAAACUCUUGGGCCUCAAUGAUGGCGCCUCCGCGCGAUCGGAUGCUGCGGCCAAUAGCACAGCCGAUGCCCUCAACGUAGUCUCGAAACGGCCCGAGCAAACCAUAAUUCCAGAAGAAGUCCGCGUAGAGCGCGAUCCUGAGACGGGCGCCAUCAUACGCAUGCUGGGACAGACGAGCGCCGAUGCCGCGAAAUCGAAAAAUCCGUUGAACGAUCCUUUGAACGAGCUCGAGGAAGAUGAUGAAAACGAUACGAAUAUGCAAGACUGGAACGGUUUCGCUAUGCUUCCGACCGAGUCCAGCGACAACCCAGUGAUACGGCAACUCGAGCAGGCUGCGGCGAAUGGCGUGCGCAAAGCCCCGAGGAGUCAGAGUCAAAGAGAGGCUGAGUGGUGCGAGCGCUUAGUGGCCAAGUAUGGCGACGAUUAUGGGAAAAUGAGCAGGGAUAUGAAGUUGAAUCCCAUGCAGCAGACGGCCUCCGACAUCCGUAAGAGGAUAAAGAAAUGGGAAGAUAAUAAGGGAAAAGAGAGAAAGGUGUGGGGUUAA